AUGACACGGGCAGAGAGAGAGAGGGAGAAGAGGAAGGAGCUUUUGAAGGCUGAGAAGAGAAGGAAGAAGAUGGAGGAUUUUAAUAAGCAGUGGAGAGAGCAGUCCCUGCUUAAAAAACAAACUCAUCAGAAACUGAUGGAGGAGAGGGGGAAGAUGAAGGGACAUUACCUGGAGCAGAUGAAUCUGGAGGCUGAUGCUCAAAUCAACACCCGGUGUCUAACCACCCAACACAGCCACGAUUAUCUGGAGACAACACAGCCCACUGGAUCUGGAGAUGACCACCAGGAAAGGCCAAGGAGGCAACAGGCAUGGGCAGAGAACCAGGAGGGGAGUUCAGAGAACCAGCAGGAGUGGCCAGAGAACCAACAGGGGGGGCCAGACAGCCAGCAGCUAGAAGCUCCAGAAGAGGCUGAAACAUCAGAACCAACCUCCAAGAACAAGAAAAGGCCAGGCAUCUGGAAGAGAAUUAAGAUGGGCAUUCCUGACGUGCUGUCUGCCUAGAGCUGGAACUCGAAGAAGCCACAGUUCCACUGAGGUUACGUUGGUCAUUAAAAGUGUCGCCCAA